GUUGGUCUGUGCAGGAACGGGAUUCAGCAGAGGAAGAACUCGUGGCAAGACGGUCUGGCCGGCACCAACUGCCCCAUCCAGCCCGGCAAGAACUUUACUUACCACUUCCAGGUGAAGGACCAGAUCGGCAGCUUCUUCUACUUCCCGUCGUUGGGCAUGCACAAGGCUGCCGGUGGCUUCGGUGGCCUCCGGAUCAACAGUCGCCUCCUCAUCCCGGUGCCAUUCGACCCCCCAGCCGAUGAUUACACCGUCCUCAUCGGCGACUGGUAUGCCAAGGACCACAAGGCUCUCGCCGGGAUCCUCGACGCGGGCCGCAGCAUCGGCCUCCCCGACGGCGUCAUCAUUAACGGCAAGACCGGCAAGGACAGAACCGGCAAAGACGGCAAGCCGCUGUUCGUAAUGGAGUCCGGGAAGGUCUACCGCUACCGCAUCUGCAACACCGGGAUCAGGGCCUCCCUCAACUUCCGCAUCCAGGGCCACUCCAUGGAGCUGGUGGAGAUCGACGGGUCGCACACCAUGCAGAACUUGUACGACUCCCUCGACGUCCACGUUGGGCAGUGCUACUCCGUCCUCGUCACCGCCAACCAGGCCCCCGGCGACUACUACCUGGUGGCGUCCACCCGGUUCAUGAAGAAGGAGCUCUCCGCCACUGGCAUCGUCCGCUACGCUGGCUCCAAGGUCCCGCCGUCGGCAGUCCUCCCCAAGGCACCCACGGGCUGGGCCUGGUCGUUCAACCAGUGGCGCUCCUUCCGAUGGAACCUCACCGCCAGCGCCGCCCGGCCGAACCCCCAGGGCUCCUUUCAUUACGGCAGCAUCAACAUCACCCGCACCAUCAAGUUCGCCAACUCGCGCGCCGUCGUCGGCGGCAAGAGCCGGUUCGCGCUCAAUGGCGUCUCGCACGUGGACGUCGACACCCCGCUCAAGCACCUGGAAUACUUCGGCGUCGCUGACAAGUUCUUCAAGUACAACCUCACCGGCGACGAGCCGCGGGAGGGCAGCGGUCCGGUCAACCUGGCCCCCAACGUCAUCACGGUGGAGUUCAGGACCUUCGUGGAGGUCAUCUUCGAGAACCCUGAGAAGGGGCCGCAGUUCUACCACUUGGAUGGCUAUUCCUUCUUCGCCGUCGGAAUGGGGCCAGGGAAGUGGAAGCCGGAGAGUAGGAAGCGGUACAACCUCCUCGACGCGGUGAGCAGGCACGCGAUUCAGGUGUACCCCAAGUCAUGGACGGCGAUCAUGCUGACGUUCGACAACGCCGGGAUGUGGAACCUGAGGUCGGAGCUGUGGGAGAGGCGUUACCUGGGCCAGCAGCUCUACAUCAGCGUGCAGUCACCGGCGCGGUCGCUCAGGGACGAGUACAGCCUGCCGGACACGGUUUUGCUCUGCGGGGCGGUCGCCAGCCUCCCCAAGCCGCCUCCCUACACUUAAGACGCCGGGCUUAGCGGUGCAUUGUACUGUGUGUGAAUGAGAGUGGUGUGAAGAUUGAUCUUUAUGGGCAUUAUCAGCUCGUCGGCACUUGGUUUGGCUUCAUGUAAAGAUUCACAGUCUCCACAUUAAUGAAGACCAUUUUUCUAAA